UUGCCAAUCGCUUGUAAGUUGUAACUUCUACUUCUCUUUGCCAAGAGCCUUGAAAUGGCUGCUGCAGAUAGUUUGAUUGGAGAAACCAAUGCUCUUCUAAGCAGGCCAACACACAUGAAACCAUCUCUCAUAGAAGCAGGGGUGCGCCUUUUUGUCACUAGGUUCCUUGGAACUUAUAUCUCAGCUGGACGUUUCAUUUUAUUGGAGAAAGGGGACACAAUAUUUACCUUUGAAGGAGACAAGAAAAAGUGUCCUUUGAAAAUAGUUCUUAAAGUUCAAAAUCCUCAGUUUUAUUGGAAGAUUAUGACACGGGCCGAUUUAGGCCUUGUUGAUGCAUUUAUUGAUGGAGAUAUUUCUUUCAAAGAUGGAGAUGAAGGUCUUCAAAACCUCUUUUUGAUUCUUAUUGCUAGCAGAGAUUCAAAGUCCUCUAUCUUGAAAUUGAAUAAGAGAAGGGGUUGGUGGACACCAUUGAUAUUCACGGCUGCUAUAGGAUCUGCAGGCUAUUUUCUUAAGCAUUUUUCAAGGCAAAAUACUCUUACACAGGCACGCAGGAACAUCUCUCGUCAUUACGAGCUGAGUAAUGAACUUUUCGCUCUGUUCCUGGACGAAACAAUGACAUACUCCACCGCUGUAUUUAAGAAGGAAGAUGAGGACUUAAAGGUUGCGCAGCUGAGAAAAAUGUCUACUUUGAUUGAAAAGGCAAGAAUUGAAGAGAAGCAUGAAGUUCUUGAAAUUGGGUGUGGUUGGGGAAGCUUUGCUAUUGAAGUUGUCAAUCGAACUGGAUGCAAAUACACUGGCAUCACUUUGUCUAAAGAGCAACUAAAACUUGCGGAAAAGAAAGUGAAAGAUGCUGGCCUUCAGGACCGCAUUAAAUUUCUCCUUUGUGAUUACCGCCAAUUGCCCGAUACCAACAAAUAUGACAGAAUUAUAUCCUGUGAGAUGAUAGAACAUGUCGGCCAUGAAUAUAUGGAAGAGUUUUUUGGUUGCUGUGAAUCAUUAUUAGCAGAAGACGGGCUUUUUGUUCUGCAGUUCACAUCAAUACCAGACCAACGUUACGACGAGUACAGGCGAAGUUCGGAUUUUAUAAAGGAAUAUAUAUUUCCUGGUGGAUGCCUACCUUCAUUAAGCAGGAUAACAUCAGCCAUGGCUAACGCAUCCAGACUCUGCGUGGAACACGUGGAGAACAUAGGGAUUCAUUACUAUCAAACACUCAAAUGUUGGAGAAAAAAUUUUAUGGACAAUCAGAGCAAAAUUCUUGCUCUUGGAUUUGACGAAAAGUUCAUACGAACGUGGGAAUAUUACUUUGAUUAUUCUGCAGCUGGUUUUAAGUCACGUACACUUGGAAAUUAUCAGGUUGUAUUCUCACGUCCAAGCAAUGUUGCUACGCUGAACAAUCCGUAUCAAAGUUUCCAUCAGGAUCUUGAUUCUGUUCCAAAGAGAGAAAUCAGUCCUUCAUAUUAAUGUCAGGCCAACCUAUAAUUGGUUCCUUUCCAUGUAUUUGCUUUCAUUAGAAGUGUUUAAUAUCGUUGUUUGCUUCUUCAGAAUGGUAAUUGAAUCAUGGAUAAAUACUUAAGAAUUGUAUGAGAUUGUUCUCAAACUCCAUGACAUCUAUUGCAAAUGCCAACCUAAUAAAUUUGAUAUUGAUUUAGAGCCCCCAAAUUUCAAAUUA